GCCGCCGCCGCCCGGAGGAGCUGGGGGAGGACGGUGGCCCGCGAGGCUCGUCGCAGACAACGCGGCGGCGAUGUCUGCGAGCCCGGCGGGGGCCGCGGCGGCAGCGGCGGGGCCUCGCACGCGGCAGGGCGGCCUGGGCUUCGGCCUCCCCGCGGUUCCCAGGAAGCGACCCGGCGGCCGGCGCGGGGGCAGCAGCGGCAGCAGCGGCGGCGGAGGCCCCGGCGCGAGUCCCGCCUCCCCUGCAGCCUGAGCCGGCGGAGGCCAGGCGGCCCGGGGCGGGGGGGGGGCUCCGCCGCCCGAGGAUGGGAAUUCUGCUCACCAGGAUCUGGAGGCUGUUCAAUCACCAGGAGCACAAGGUUAUCAUUGUUGGGCUGGAUAAUGCAGGGAAAACUACCAUCCUUUACCAAUUUUCUAUGAAUGAAGUUGUACAUACAUCACCUACAAUAGGAAGUAAUGUAGAAGAAAUAGUGAUUAAUAAUACACGUUUCCUAAUGUGGGAUAUUGGUGGCCAAGAAUCUCUUCGUUCUUCUUGGAACACUUACUAUACUAACACAGAGUUUGUAAUAGUUGUUGUGGACAGUACAGACAGAGAAAGGAUUUCUGUAACUAGAGAAGAACUCUAUAAAAUGUUAGCCCAUGAGGACCUACGGAAAGCUGGAUUGCUGAUUUUUGCUAAUAAACAAGAUGUUAAAGAAUGCAUGACAGUAGCAGAAAUCUCCCAGUUUUUGAAACUAACUUCUAUUAAAGAUCACCAGUGGCAUAUCCAGGCGUGCUGUGCUCUUACUGGCGAGGGAUUAUGCCAAGGACUUGAAUGGAUGAUGUCACGACUUAAGAUUAGAUGAUCUCUACUGACCUCUGCUCAUGGACUUUGUAUAAACGAAGUGCUGGACUUUACCUGAAAGCUGCAAAAAUUAAUGGUUUAGAUAUAUUUAUAAUAAACUGACUUAAACUUUUUCUAUAAGAAGAAAAAUUAAGACCACUUAUUUGAAAACAAAGAUGAAGUCUCACUUUCCAAUCUGCUUUCUCAUUAGUUCCUUCCAAAGCAAGGUCUUUAAAGCUGUGAUUGCCAUUUUUCUCAUAAUGAAUCCUCUCAGGACAUUGUGUAGCCUGUGGUAAGUACAAAGGGAGAGGAAGACAUUUUUCAUUCUAAGAGCUUUAUUAUCAGUAUAACCCUCCCUAGUUGAAUGUUGUUCUCUUCUUGUUGCAUUAAGUCAAAAUACAAAUCACACUCAGUUUCCAAUAUUUUAAAAUGUAACGUUAAUUAUGAAAAGUAUUUUGCAUAAGGUUGUAUAUGUAUUGUGUAUAUACCUCAAGUUCAAGUUACGGCUUUGAUUAUGUUCUAAAGAAAAGCAAAUAACACAAAAGUAAUAAUAUCCUUAGUUAUAACCAUAAUGAGAUGAAUACUGGCAUUGGUGUUAAGUGCUGUUUUGUGCUUUCCCCCUAUGUUCUCUGUAUUGUACUAACCGAUCCCCAAAAUCAUUGAGCUGCUCUUUAAAAAAAAAAAGAAAGAGAAGAAAGCUCAACAUUGUGUACCCAUUUUUUGUUGAUCAAAUUACAUAAAUGAAAACAUGUAAUCCAACUGAGUGGAGUACUGCAAAUUUUUGGCUUAGUAUUAUGAAUGGACAGGAUUUCAUGUUGAGCAAUUAUCAGAUUGUUCCCUUUAUUGGAUCUAUGCCAUCUGAAUUACUGAGAAAAUUGUUAAUCCAUUAAUUAGUCCAUCAUCAAUUGUGAUUACAAUUAUCGAGUGAUUUUUUUUUUCCCGCAACGUUAGUGGGAAGAUGUUGUGUCAAAUAUGUCUGCCCAGAGUAGUAUCACCCUAUAAAUAUUAUCAAGAAAUUUACCUAGAGUCUUCUUAGGUAUUGAAUUAUAUAUCCAGCAUUUAAAGUGAAUUUGAGAUGAAAAGUAAAGCUUAUUUUCUAAGCAAUGAAGGUUAUUUUGUUAUUUGAAAAUUUCUCAUUGUAGGAAUUGGGAUAGUUUGAGAUUUUUCAUUUCUGUGUGUUUUCUUUUAUCUUAAUACCACGUGAAUGCAUUGAUGAUUAUUAAAUACAAAUUAUUUUUAAUGCUUUUAAGAAUUCAGUUUAAAAGUUGGUCAACAUGAUAUAUUAUUUUUACAAAGAAGUAACUUGGCCCCAAAUAUCUUGUUUGCUUAGGAUUUUUUUUUCCUUCACUGAAAAUGGGAAGUUAUGAAGGUUGAAGGUAUUUCUGUUGUAACUUAUAAACAAACUUACCCUAAUGUGUUCAGACAUCUUUUUGGGUACUCUCUUUGCAUGUGUUUCAUGCCCUAAAAAUCUGAAGGCUGAUCCAAACUGGCAUGUUUUAGGAUAUUGAAGAAAAGAAAUAACUACUUUUAAUACCAGCCUUUUAGAUUUCAUGCAGAUUUUGAUGAGGAAUAAUAGUAUUGACAAGCAUUGACAAAACUCCGAAAGUUUCUUUCUGUAGCAUAUACUCAAUAACUAAAUCCAAGUCAGGCAUGGGAGGUCAGUGUUUAACAGUGGACGUUUUGUGUUUCAUAUUUAUAGUAUAAUGUUCAUAAUGCAAGUAUAACAUUUUAAUAUUUGUCAACUUGCUUUUACAAAAGUAAACUCCAAAUUACUAAGCUUUAUUUGUUCAUAUGUUCUCAUACUUUUCCAAAUCACUAUUAUUAUUAGGAAUGACUUGUUUUAUACUAAAAACUCCCUUAAAAAUCCAAAUCUCUUUUGCAGAUGUUGCAUUUUCACCAGAGAUAAAUAUUCUGUAAAGUAGUCCAGCAAAUUCGCAUCUUUUACCCUUUUUAUCUUUCAAUUUGAAGAAUCGUGGUUUAGUCCCGCGGCUUGUUGCCAUAGGAGUUAGCGCUCCUCCAGCACACGCCCUUGCCGUCAGGGCCUUGGCUAGAAUUCACUCGUGGUUGGAUGUGUAAGGCGUGCACUACAUCGUUACGGUUGGUGUCCUGUAGCAGGUCGUUGACAUGGCAUCGUGAGGAUGCAAGAAACCUUAAACCACAUUUACAGAACAUGAUUCUUUGUUACAUUCCCUCUUCUCUAAGAGAAGCAUUAGAAAUAAGGUUGUACCUGUACACUGUACGUAGAACCAAAAUUACAUGAGAAAAGACUUUUAAUUCACGUAAGAAUAUACAUCAAGACAAUUUAAACAGUAUUAUUUCCAGAUCCGACGGAGAGCCUCAGGAGUAGUCAUAUUGGCAAUUUAUAUGUAGUUUGAGUAGGAUUAAGCAAAAGGCAUUGCUUUUGGUUUUUAAUAUGCUACUUACGGGUGUAAACAGUCAUCUUAUUUAGAGCCGUUGUGCUCGCCUCUGAAAAGAACAGAGAUUCAUACCUCUGUACAUGUGGCUGGAUUUAAAUGUUGUUUGAUAUUAAUUUUGAAAGGCAUGUAAUCUUGGUGAAAGUAACCACAUGCUACAAGCAUUUAAAUAUGUUAAUUUUGUGAUAAUAGCAUUUAUAAAGUAUAUCUUACACAUUAUAUCGAGGAGUCUAGUUUGAAGAUUUUCAGUUCUCUCUUAUUUGGCUCUUAGGACGGGCAAAGAAUUCAGUGAAGGCAGGUGGUUGGGGGAGCCGGGGGAGGUGGGUAUAGAAUAUGACAUUUUGCCUUAAGAAUAGAGAAGCGCUUUAGCACUGCUGGCUGGCAUUUUUAAUGCAGAUAGUUAAAGUGAUUUUAGAAGUGUGGUGUGAAAAAGAGUUUCUGUUUUCUGGCCUUUAAGAAGUGCCUAGUAGGUAGUUACAGAAAAGUACAGGGAACUUGAGGAAAGGCAGGAAGUCCCGGAGAUGUUCCUUUCUUUUUUGUCUGAGUGUAUAGAAUUAAGAUGCCUAGAAAUGGGAUUUUAUUGUCCUCUCUCUUGUAGGCAUUUUACAUUUCUUGCUGUGACUACAGCAACCACAUACAGUACAGACAACCUCAGAAUCUGUUUAUAUUUGCGUAAAUAGAAAAACUGGUCUAGACAACUUUUUAGUUUUCUCUGCAGGUGUUUCUGGGAAUAUAUCUGUAGUGUGUUCUGCUUUAUACCUAGAGGAUAGCAGCACAUCCCAGAUUUUCUGUGGAUUUGGGGAUCAUCUUCUCUCGAUGGCCCAGUUGUAUGUUGGCAUCAGUCCCUCUUUCGAAGCUGGGUAGAGACGGGGUUUCUUGGCAUGGCUUACCCUUGACCCCUCCCAACUGUCAAAAUAUACGCUGGAACUUCUUACUUCAGAUCAGAGCUUCCCAUAGCUCAGCCAUCCCUUGCUCCCCUGUAUCUUCAUUCUCCAUCAGUGAAGGUAUGUUACCCGAUCCUGGAGGUAUUCCAAACUUUGCCUUACAGCCAUCAUUCCCUACACCACCAGUUUCCCAGUAGGUUCUCUAGUUCUUUGCUAUUUCCCCACCACUGGCUUGAUUUAGUUUGUACUUUGCUCAUUAGAGAGUAUUGCCAGGAUUGUUGAGUAUAUCAGAAGACUGGCUUGCUAUCCAUACAGUAUAUAAAUGUCAGUAAUAAAAUCAUUUAUACUGUAUUUAACAUUUUAAUGCUUCUUAAUUUUAGCUUCAUAUGCUGAAUAGUAGAUUCAGAAAGAUAACAACUGUCUAGACUUUGCCAGCUCCUUAAGCUGCUAGUUAGGCACGGACGGGAUGAAGUUACGUGUAUAUUAUCUUCCCAUUACCAAACAUAGAUCGCAUUUUGGAGGAUACCUGUGCAAAUGAUUUGAGUCAGAAAAAGAUGCCAAACCAAAUUUGUAUGUAGUGUUUAACCUGAAGACAUCCUUAAAACCAUAGCCCACAUUCUGUUUUGUUACUCAUGUUUUACUUAACACAGAUAAACGUUAGAUGUCUAAAGGAAUUAGUAAUGAGAUGCCUGUCUUUACAAAAUAAACCUGUUGAAAUGGGCUUUAAAAAACAUCAGAAUCAUCAACCAUCAUGUGUUGAUUCUGUAUAGAUACAGACACAGUAUAGAAAGUACUCAUUUAAAGUUCCACGGAUACAAAAUGGAACUUCUAUCUCAUGCUCCCUCAAAGAACGUAUGAUAGUCUUAAACUCAUAUUGGUGAAAUAAAGGGAAAAAAUUUAAAAGCUUUGGAUGUUAAAAAAAUGACUUUCUAUUAAAUGCUAAAAUGCUGUGUGGAAUUAUGAAGAAAUUGCUACAGGAUAGAGUCGGGCUAAUUAUGCAAUUUUUCAAAUCAGUUGUCUAGUUAUGUAUUAUUCUAAAAACUAAAGCGUAUGGUCUUGCCUGCUAGAUAUGCUGUUCUUUGAAAGAAGAUUCUCAUAGUCUGUACUCAAGAAGUGCCUAAAAUUGAUGUGUGUGGUAUUUUAAGUCCAUCUAAUAAAUUAUAUAUAUUUCUAUGGCAUUAUAUGUGCUUGGUGUACUGAUGACACAGCCCUGAGGAUUUCUAAGUCACAGUUUGUGCUUUAUUUGAGUAAAAAAAAAACCUAGAUUACAAACCAUAGUAAACAUGAGCAAAACCAUUGCCCUUUUGUUAAGGUAGAGGCUAGAAAACUGAAAUCUAUUUCUGUUUUUUUUUUAAAUAGCCUUCAUACGCAGAAAAUUAUAUUGUGCAUUUUAAAACCUUAAUGAAAGCUUAUUGCUUAUAUAAGAGUAGCCUCUUAACUCUCCUCAUACUCAGUGGUUAGUAAUUUUGAUCAUAUUGUUUAGCUCUGGAUUCAUUUUGUGAGCAUGCCCAAAUCUUUCCUCUUUGUUAAGAGUCUACUUAAAAACUAAAAUAUUUGAUAGACUCCUAUUAUGUUUCUCAUAGUUCCCUCUUUUCUUUUUUUUUUUUUUUCAGGCCAUAGAAUGUGACUAUAAAUUCUGGGGGCCGAGACUUGAUUCUUACAAUUACGUUGUCUUUAUAUUUUAAAUCAUCUUGCAUGGAAAGUGAAAUGUGUACAUGAUUUUAAAUAAUUGUAUACUAUUCUCUUCUCCAAAACUUCUGACAUUGGUGAUAUACAGAAUUCCUCUAAUUAUUUUUGCUUGAACUAGUCAUUUAGAUUGGAGUAGCCUUUUUUUAUAUUAUGUCCCUCUACGGUUUUUUUGAGAGGAGGUUAUACCUGCAGAGCACUUUUAAAGAUACUUUCUCGGUUAAUGUUCAAAAUAACACAUUGAGGAAGAAGCUACAAUUAUGACUAAGGAGGGCUCUUUUGGUUGCUAGAGAUGAGAAAAAUGUAUACUAAUUUUAAUUUGUGCUUAAAAACAAUUUUACUAACAGUAUUGAUUUUAAAUAUGGUAAAUUCUUGUAGAUAGUCUUCCUUCUUUAUCGUAUGUCCUUAGAGAAGCCUAGAUGAAAAUGCGUUUCAAGUCCUCUAUUUGUAUAACUACCCCUCCCAAAUUGAGCUCUAUGCAUAUUGACAUAGUCGAAGCCACAUUUAAUACAACAAAGAAAUUAGAACACCUUUUGAAAGUUUUUAGGUUUAUUGUAUUGGAAUUUCUAAUGUGAUAAAAGGUUUUGAGUCAAGCUUUGUAAUGCACAAAAACGCAGAAGAGUUGUCUUCUCUCUUUUUUUUGAACUUGUGUUUCCCUGUAUCCUAAGAAAACUUUACACUCAAGGAAUAUUCCAAAAAAGUAAGGAUCUUAGAGCACUUAGGUGCUUUUAUUGUUCAUCACUGCUGAUGUGUUAGAUACCUAGGGAAAUAAUAUGUUGGGGCUUUCUUGGCAAGACAACUUUGUGGAUGGCUGGAACAUAUUUUUGUUUUGCGGGAGGCUGGGAGGGAGUGGCAGAUUGCAGUAGGGACCUCUCCAUUGGUAAAACAGUCUCAUCAGCUGCUGUUUUGCAGAUGUGUUACUUACAGCAGUGUUCUUGUCUCCAGAACUCACUAAGCUGUCAGGCUCCAGAAAUGUAAGGGAUGAGUCAGGUGACUAGCGGUAGGGCCUUAUUUAUUAUGAAAUAAAGGAAUCAUGUCAAGAUAUGUUUGGGGGGAAAUGAAAAAUAAGGUUUUACUGGUGAAUUUCCAUGUUUAAUAUGUAUAUUAACUUUUUUUUUAAAGUUGCAUGUUAACCUGGGAUAAAGUGUUGUCUCUGCUUUAUGCUUUGAGUAAAAAAGGAAAAAAAAAAAAGAUGGGUUAAAUUGUUACUCUACUAUGUGCUAUUAUUACAUAUACCUUUUCUUUUAGAAGGGGUUAAUUAUAAUUAUUAUUCACACGUCUGUGUUGUCAGUGUUUUUAUUCUGAUUUAUUCUCUGAAUGUGUUCAGACUUAGUGAUGGUAGCCUUAUUUACCGGCAAGGGCUGAGAUCAGCCAGGACAGUUGGAAAGAUAUAAUAGCUGCAUUAUGCAAAUGACAAAAUGAUUGUCCUGAUAUUCUCUAGGAAUCUUUUUAUGGAACUUAGAUAAUAGAGAGCUUUCUGGUUCUUUCUUCUGGAUAUUUGAAUUGGACAUGAACCGGAUAAAUAGUGACCACUUUAUCUAACUAAUUUGUCUUAAACUGUGAGAAAAGUCCUGUCAUUUAAAAUGAAUAUUAUUAGAGUGAACUUUCAUGAGAAUGAUUGAUAGUAAACAAGAAAAGUGAAGGAAAAGAAGUAGGAGAAGAGGAAUCACCCCCGUGCGUAUGCUUAUUUGGAUAUGGUCUGUGUCCCCUCCGUUGGAACGUAAGCUCCGGGGCAGCCGAGGACUAGGAAUGUUGUGUUAACCAGUUUAUAUCUGUCAGUGCUGAGUAUGUGACAGGUGUCUGGCUUAUAUGUGUCGGUAAAUGAAUGAAUGAGAACUAAUGAUGUUUGUGAGCUUCUCCCCCAUGUAGGUUUCCCUUACCUCUGUAAUUCUAGCACGCCGACAGAUUCCAUUCUUACUUAAUUCACCUUCUUUCAAAAAGGAUUCAAGGUGACCAUAUGUCUUACUCAUUGGUUCUUGUGGUAGAAAUCAGAUUUAUUUCCUUAAAAAUGGCCCCAAAGCAUCAUGCAGUGCAAUAAGUGUAUACAGAUUUUAUUUACUUGAAAUCUGUGUGGAUCUGCGUGUAGGAAUGUCAGGAACACACCAGAGUAUAUUGUAAGCGUCUGCAGACACUGAAAUGGCAAAUGGUACAACAGCUCUUUUGGAAGAAAGUCUAUAUCAUCAUCUCGAUCUUUAUGCCCUUUUUUCAUUUUCACAUCUGGAAUAUCCCCCUUUUGCUACUAAAGAAUGAGAUUUUCACAACAUAAAACAGCCUCUGACAUUCCUUUUGAAUGUGUUCCUUAUGACUCCUACCAACCCUUUGCGAUUCUGUGACUUUGACCUGCCUAAGUGACCAUUUAUUCACAUCGCCACAUGCCUUGUAGUUUAGCAAAUCAUUCUGUCUCAGCAUAGAUGAAAUGUUUUUGAAGCAGUCCCAAUGUUUGGAUGCUUCUAGGUUUGGGGUUCAUUAUUUCUUUGUACAAGGAACAUUGUGAUGGACAUACUCUGUUGAAAGCUUUUUCAUUGUUAGAAAUAUUUUUUUCAUAGUUAGCUAUAUUUCUUUUGGCUAGAAUUUCAGAAGUGCAGCUACUGGAUUAAAUGAUACCAUGGGAUUUGAGAGUACCUAUUCAUAAUUAAUAUUGUGGGUGUUUUUUAAAACCCUUUCCACUUAAAUAAAAGGAUAAGCAUGUUGUCUUAUUUUGUACCUAAUUGUUUAUUGAUACUAUUUUUUAAUAUAUUUCAAAUUCUUUUGUUUGUACAUUUAUUAUUAGAAUCUUAGUGUUUUUCAUAUAAAUCAGUUAAAUCCUUUAAGUAGUAAGUAUAUUAACCCUUAAUAGUGAUUUUACAGACUUCCUAGUUUGCCCCUUUAAUUUUUAUAAUUAUCUUUUUAGCAUAUAGAAGUGUUUAUUAAUGUAAAAAAAUUACAUAAGGAAUACAUAUUUCUUUGACUGAAAACCAGAAAAGAGAUAGUAAGCAAAAAGACAAUUAAAAUCAUCCAUUGUCCCACCAUUCUAAGAAAACCAGUAUUGGCACUUUGGGAUGCAUAUGUAUAUAUUUGAGUGUAUGUUUUCAAUAUAGAAUUCUAAAAUGCCCUAUAAGCAUUUUUCACAUAUAAAAAAACUAUUUUAAUGAUGUAUUUGCUGCUUGGGUUGUCCCAAUUUAUUUAACCAGUCUUCUCUUAAUGUACAUUAGCUUGUUGCUUCCUGCCAUUAAAAACAAUACUGCAGUUAAUAUUUAAAUUUAGUUUUCAUUUAGCCUACAAGUUGAAUUUCGGUAUCAAAGUAAAAGACGUUAGUGGCAUAUUGCCCAAUUGUCCUCCCCAAAGCCCGCCCACAUCCUGGUCAGUUCUUCACUCCAACACAUGGCCAUCUUUAUAUUAAAAUAGUUUAUGCUACAGUCACCUGCUCCUCACUGUUCGCAGGCCACCGCCACUCUGCCCGGGCAUUUCGGCUGUGCAUACGUGUAUAUUCACCAGUCUUCCCCAGUCAGCAAAAUGCAGGCCUCUGGGAUCUUUAGCCUUUAACCUGUUGUGCAGAGCUUACUUGUUAACCUGCUUGUAAUGGAUCCAACAUGUGCUAAUCAGGACUUUUUGGAAGUAUAGAGGGAAAAACCUAUAAACAUGUAUUUCCAGCUGACCUUUUUUAAUAUUGGGGAAAGAUACUCCAACACUUGUUAUCAUCUAGCAUUGGAUGACCUGUCUUCCGCCUUGGUGAUGCUUUCCUGCAAGCAUGUCAACCUUCAGUGCUAGUCCUUUGACUUUUCUGUUAAAGGUUCAUUGUCUUAUAGAAGUUUAUAUUCAGUUUAAUAAUAUAGAUUGUACUCUUUCCCAGGUGUGACUGAAUUCCCAUUUCGUCAUUAUCUUUGUAAGAAAAUGGCUUUUGAUGAGCAAGUUUUUAAGUUUCAGGAACACAUCAUUGCUUAUUUCAAGUAACACCUGUUUGAAUUUUUUAAGUCUCAGCUGACCCCUGGGUGAAAAGUGACACCUCACCUGUAUAGUUACAUUUUUUUGGUUUACUACUGACUUUGAACGUCUUCAUAGAUUUUUGGUCAUUUUAUUUUAUAUAAAAUUUUCAGCGUCCUUCAUACAUUUUGCUACUGGCUUUUGUGAAAGUUCUUUUAAAGAAUAUUAAUCCUUUGCCCAUGUGUCAUGAAAACUUUCACCUUUUUUGUGGAUUCUUAAGUUGGUCUCAUAAGAAUUUAAAAUUUUAGUUGAAUGUGUUAGGCUUUAUGGUUUGUGCCUCCUGUUCAAAAUUUUUGUGUGGAGAAGAUAGAAAAUAACAUAGCUAAUGGUUGGUAGGAUACUUUUAUCUGUACUCUGAGUGGCUGAUAGUCCUGUUUCUUUUUUCCCCUUAAUAAACAGUGAAUGGUUAAUGUGAUAGGAUCAAUAAAGAGGGCUGAUUGGCUUUUUGACCUAUUGGAUUAUAUAUCCUACAUUUUAAGUGUUUAUUAUAAGGUUUUGCUUUUUUUUCCCCCCAGAUGCUUUCUGAGCCCUACAUUGAAUACAGUUCAGUUGUAAAAAUAAGUGUUGGAAGUCCUGUGUUAAUUCAUUUAAGAAAUACAUUCAGUAUCCAUCUGUUAAGGACCAACAUACUAAGGAAUUUGUUAAAUUGCAUGCUGAAACAUGUGCCAUUAAAAUUUUUUUAUAAGGAGAGUUUAAUAACAUGGGGAAAUAGUGAUUGUGACGUGUUAAGUGGAGGAAAAGAAGGAUUCAAACUGUUCCACCUACUAUGAUCUCAACUAUGUUUAGAAAGUAUGGAAGAAAAUAUAACAUUACAGGUUAUUGUAAGGCAAUAGCAUUAUGGUUGGUAUUUUUCUGAUUCUUGAUGCUUUUGUGUAUCCUAGAUACUAUGCUAUAUCAAGCCUAUUACAUUGAUAAUUAGAAAACAGCGUUGGAUCAUUUUCGUUUGUUUUUAGAAUCAUUUUAAUUGGGAUGGGAAGGAAUACAAAAAUAAUUUUUAAUUUAUGAGUAAAUAAGCUUCUCUUAGGUUUUGUUUCUUUUCUUUUUUUCUUCAUCUAACACUGCAUUUGGGAGCAUUAUGAAGAGAGAUCAAGAUGAUUAAUAAGAAUUAAUUAACUAAUGCUAUGCCAGUUGCAGACUCCAGUGCAAGGUUGAAUGAUUUUGAUAGAAUUCUCAUCAAUCAUUGUGGGUAAAAAAGAUUACUCCUUUAGUUUAUUACUUGAUAUUUCACUGCUUUUGAACAAUGCUCGAACACAGAUCAUCUAUACUGAGAUGAUUGUUUUAAAAAGAUACAAACAAAAUGCAGUGAGAAUUAGAAGAAAAUGGUAUUAUUUCCAGUGGGGGGGUCUCAGGAAGGCUUCGUGUAAGCAGGGUGGUAUUGUAAACCAGACCUGGACUGGACCACAGCCUGGGUUGUAAGCUAGGCCUGCUGUAACCAUAUGCGUGGUUUUAUGCAUAUUGCCAGUGCUUUAAGACCUCAACUUCACCAGUUUUCAAAAAUCUUUUUAGCAAUGGAACCCUCGUGUACAAAACAGGUAAAGUUAAUGUUUUAUUUAUGUGCAGUUUCUGUUAGAAACCAUAAUAUUUACUGGGCAAAAACAAGAGUGGUUUAAUUAAAAUCAAAUUUAAUUAAAUUUGAUUAAAUUAUACACUUAGUUUCAAAUGUCUUACAUUAAUCAAUUUUCGAAAGUUGGAAAAUAAUUGACAGGAAGUGGAAAAGAUUGAUUUACUAAAGAUAAAAAUGAUAAAUUUGAAAUUAAUUGUCUUACUGUGCAUAUAAAUGGUGCUAACAUUUUGGCUUCAUGUUAAUAAAACCUAAAUGAUGU